UCGGCUCGUUCUCAAAAGUGAUCCCGGGGCCUCCCCUAGUGCCCGCCGGGGGCAGCGCGGCCGCGGAGCCGCCAUCGGUGCUCCCGGUGCUCUCCGGCAAUUAAUCACGGCUAAUUAAUUACCCGCGGGGCGUUUCCUCGGGGAUCGAGGAGCGAGGCGCAGCCCCGGGCGGGGCCGUGAGGGGAGUGGGGGGGUGUGGGCGCUCCCGCCGCCCCCCGUGUGGGGCCGGGCCCGGCCCCGCCCGCGCGGGACCCGGAUGGGCCCUACGUGACGCGGGGCCGGGGCAGGUGAGGGCGGGCGGGGAGAGGCGGCCCCGCUGCCCCCCUCCCGUCCAUCCCCCGGCUGAUGCGGCGGCGGCUGCUCCCCCCGGAGCCGGGGCUCUGCUACCGACCGCCGGCGGCAGCGCGGGAGGGGCCGCUCAGGGAGACUCUGCUCCUGUCACCACUCCACUGUUCCACUGCUCCGUGCCCGGGGGUGAACUGAACUGGUGAAGCAAACCUAGAGAGGGACUUCAGUCACCUUUUAAUGAAGGUCAAAAAACAGGUUAAACUUGUCAGUGAUUAAUCUCUUCAUUUUACUGCCACUAAACUUAGUCUUGAAAUCCCAGGCCGAGAACUUGUCUGCCAAACCUCGCUGUUGAGGGCAUUGUUUGUGUGAAUGUUCCAAUGGCAAAGGAGGCUGUUACUCCUGGGUGUAAGAGAAUUAAGCAGUGCCACGGCUGCCUACCCAGCAGACCUGCUCCCGAGAGCCAGAGGGAUGGUGGUAGUUACGGGGCAGAACAAAGUGAGCGGAAACCCGGAUGAUGCCAUGUCGAGCUCGGAUGCAGAGGAUGAUUUCCAAGAGCCGGCCACUCCUACUGCAACCCAGGCAGGACAAGCUCUACCUCUGCUGCCCCAGGAGUUUCCAGAAGUUGUCCCCCUGAACGUGGGAGGGAUGUUCUUUACCACGAGACUGUCCACCCUGAGGCGGUACGAGGACACCAUGCUGGCAGCCAUGUUCAGCGGGAGGCACUACAUCCCCACGGACGCUGAAGGCAGAGACAUACUUAACUUUCUACGCUCUGGUGACCUGCCACCAAGAGAACGAGUGAGGUCAGUUUACAAGGAAGCUCAGUAUUAUUCCAUAGGACCAUUGCUAGACAAUCUAGAGGAUAUCCAGCCUCUGAAAGGAGAAAAAGUUAGACAAGCUUUCCUGGGCCUAAUGCCAUAUUACAAAGAUCACUUGGAGCGGAUAAUCGAAAUAGCAAAGCUCCGAGCUAUGCAGAGAAAAGCCAGAUUUGCAAAACUGAAGGUCUGUGUCUUCAAAGAGGAGAUGCCCAUCACUCCCUACGAGUGCCCCCACUUCAAUUCCCUGCGUUUUGAGAGGAGUGAGAGCGAGACCAAGCUGUUUGAGCACCACUGUGAGGUGGAUGUGUCCUUUGGGCCCUGGGAGGCCGUGGCCGAUGUCUACGACCUGCUGCACUGCAUCGUGACAGACCUGUCUGACAGGGGCAUCACUGUGGAUCACCAGUGCAUCGGGGUGUGUGACAAACACCUCAUCAACCACUACUACUGCAAGAGGCCCAUCUAUGAGUUCAAGAUCACUUGGUGGUGAGUUGUUUUGUGCGGGACAGCGCGAGGGAUAAAAGGACUUCUGGGUGACGGUCGAUUGCUUUGGAUAUUUUCGCACCGUGUCUCUGGAAAUGCAUUGCUGCUAACAUUCCUGGGAGUCAGUGAGCUGCUCAGCAAAGGGAACCUGGUGCAGAGGUUAAAGAACCUCUGGAAUCUUGACAAACCAGCCUGACAUCAGACUGUUGGCUCAGGUACCUUAACGAGGCACAACACACAAAAAUCACCUCAUGGAAAUGGUGGAGAGGAGUGUCUGACAUCUUCUAAAAGGUGCCCCCAACCACGUGGCUUUAGUGUCCCAGUCUGCAGAAUGGAAUUGCAGAUCUCUCCUGCUUUAUUGGGAAGCUGGGGUGCUAAUAAUGCUGACAUGUGGUUCAGCUUUACCCACUUAGAGAUGUUUUAGUUCCUACUUAAACUUACCACUUUAUAAAAUUGAGUAAUACCCAGCACAAAGAUUCUGGAAAUGUAAUUUUGAUGUAAUAGAUAAUUUAAAAAAGGGGGGAAAAAGAGUGUUCCCUAUAUAUUAUUAAUUGUUGUCAGGAUUAAGGUGUAUUUCUUUUUUAAUUAAGAAUCUACAUUGUGAAUUAUAAUGUUAUAUUUCAAUUAUUAUUAUUGUUAUAACACGGAAUAGCAGAUUUGGAAUAUAUUCCUUAAUGCUUUUAGGAAUAAUAACUGUCCAUGGAAGACUUGUGCCUGUUUUUAGCCUUAGAAAUUCUAAAUGUUUACAAUAUCUACAAAAAAAAAAAAAAGAAGCUCUAUAGAAUCAGGUCAUUUACAAAGGCUUUUGGUAAAUGAGAAAACCCUAUAUGUAUGUUCCUAUUAGCAGAAGUAAGAGGAAUAUUUAAUGUAUAUUAUUUUAUUACUGACUCUUUUUACAUUCUGUGAUAUUUAAACUUUGUUCUAGAGUUAAAGUCAGAUGAUACUGUACAAGUGCUUCCUUCACCUCACCUUCUUCAGACAAUUAAUUCUUAUUUUUAUCAUUCUUGUUGACCCUUCCUGGUGUCAGAUAAGGAAAAACAAAAUUCAACCUUCCUAUUCAAAUAUUUCUCCAAUUAUAAAUCAGUAGAUCUGGGUAAUAAAUCCCUUUCCAUGCCAAAAGAGGCAGCCAUUGCAGAAUCACAUUCUUUUCAGAAGGCAAUUGUUGCACUUCUGACAGGAGUAACCACAUCCCAAAGUUGAAUUACUUGAUGUCCAAAACCAAAAGGGAGAUUUAAACAUCUGCAGAUAUUAAUGUUUUGUGAGGUACAGGAAACUCAGCUGUUUUUCUAAAAUACUCCACUUGAAGGGACUUCCAAAUAAUCUUAAGGAGGGAGAAAAAGUAAAUAUUUGCAUAUUGCAUUCCACUGGAUUAGAUGAUCCAACAAUAUUGCUUAAUUAAGCUUUUGACCAAAACGCUUAAGAAACACAUUAAUUACAGGGAUCAAAAUUCUUAGUUACCUGAGGUAAUUUUUAGUGUAAUUCUAAAAACUUUAUGGUCAAAUUGUCUUGCAAAAAAAGAGCCAAAUUGUUUGCAUUGUCACACUUUCAGGCACCUAAUUUAGCAAUUUUUAGUAAAUUGUCUCUCUGUAGUGGGGGCUCUAAUGAUCUCUUUGCAAAUGUUUACUUACAGAGGCUCGUUGUCAAGUGCUGAGUUUCAAGUCCAGAGCUUGAAAUGGCAUUUGGAUCUUAAGUUUGUUUUAAUUGUUUUCUUAAAUAUUGGCCUUUGAGUUACAAGUUCUUGUACUUGUGUUUGGCGACCCAAAAUUAAGAGUUAAACUGAGACUAGUAAAGCUUCCCUACAAUGAGAGGAACUUGGUUUCUUUGCUGCUUUGCUGGCUUCAUUUAUUUUCAUUUUAUUUUUUUUUUCCCAGGGAAUCUUAAACUGCAAACCACAAUUUCUUCCAAAAUUACGUAAGAUCUUAAAGCUGAGGCUUACAAACUUUUGACUGCUUGUCCACUUCAGACAUUUAAGUUCAGGAUUUCCAGCAUAGUUUAUUUAGGGAUUACAAUGAGAAUUGCAGUUUUAAGGGGAGGUUUCAGUGUUUUUUUGCCAUUUCCCAUAUAUGUAUUUACACAGGACAGAACUCUGGUUUGAAUUUCAGCACCACUUGCAGAAACAGGACACAGUCUGAUUUUUAACAGUGUGUUUUUUGGUUUGGCUUUAAGAAUUUUCUCACUGUUUUUACAGAGAAGCUGUGACAACAAAACCCCUGUUUUGACCACGUUUGCUAUUUCUUAAUAUGCACAUGCUGAUAUUUUAUUACUUUUCCCAGUUCAUUGCUUUAAAAAAGUAAGGAAAACCACCAACCCAAAAAGCUAAAAUGAAAAUCUUGGUCUGUAUCAGCUGCAUCUUAAUCAAAGCUCUCGUCCUUCCAAUCCUCCUGGAGGCAGCAGACAUUCAGUGCAAUAAUGGGAAGGAAAACAUGGAUUUAAGCCCCCGUGCUUUCAUCAAACACAUCCGUUCUGUGCUGGGAUUUGGGCAGGUUAACCCCAUUUUUAUUGACUGCCCCUGUUCUAAGCAGUCUUUGUUUACAACCAUUUAGAUGAUCUUGCCUAAUCUGUGCUCAUUUUUUGACAGAAGCAGAGGAGUUGUGCAGGAGGAUGGCAGGGGAGUAGAAUCUAAUCACUGCUUUAUGUAACAUUAUUGACUUUUCUUGGCGUGUAGCAUAACUUUGGAAAUUCUCCAUUUGCAACAGAAAUGUGAGUAGCUGAUCUACUAAAUCUCUGUUUAACAGGAUUGAUGUUUUUGUACAUUGUGGAUGCUUUAGAAUUGUCUGAUUAAACUCAAUGCCUAUGGAAUACUGCUUUUUUUUUUUUUUUCCUUUAGGACUUUUCUUUAUAUCCAGCCAGGCCAGAGGCUUGCUAGAACAUAUUUACCUAUUUCUCCGUGCUUCUCUUGGCUUUUUUGCCACUUUAGCAUCUACAAAGCUACUUUUCCACCCCUACACUCUCAAAUCCCUGUGUUUGUGAGCUGGCACUGGAAGCAAAUUGGGCACAGUAAAUAAUCUGGUGUCAUCAAUAUAACCUUGCUGUGAAUAUCAUGUUUGCAGAUCAUUAAAAGGACAGUGCAUGUCCAUUUAGCUGAUUCAGUUUGAAGGACAUACAUUUUUUAUUUCAUAUUCUGAGACUGGAUACAGGCCCUUUUUCCAUUUUUAGUUCCAGAUUGAUACACAGGAACACACAUAUUACAAAUGACUUUUUUUCCUCCCCCAAAUAAGUCUGAAAUAUUUUCAGAGCCCAGAUCACACACCUGGAUUGCAGUGAUUAUUCUGCUUUUAUCAAUACUGGUGGGACAAUUGGGGGAUACUUAUUUAUAAUUAAAAUUGUUAGCUAUUGUUUUAUGUUGCUGUGUGUAUGAAAAAAACAUGACAAGACUAAUUCUUUUUAACAUUCCCUCUGGAACAUUUAACAUUCCCUCUGGAAUACACUCUGCAGUGGUUUUUAACAGGGAGCAAAGGGAGGUCUAAUUAUCAGGUCUCAUCUUAAAUGACUUGGCCAAUUCCACAGCACAUUCAGUAUUUCUGCAUCUGUUUUACACUUGUAAAAUAAGAAGGGUGAGAAAAGGAAAAUUUAAAAAUGAAGGGAAAAAACUCAUCUUUCUGAAUCACUCAAAAUGACCUGAAAAUAUAUUUAUGUGCAGCAGCCACUUUAUUGAUUUCAAGAGCUUAAAAAAAAAAAAUUAAAAAUAACUUUUGAGCUUGGUGUGGGCUUCUUAACUUGAAUACCCAAUACCCUACAUAGGAAUCUGAAAUACUCCUUGGUGAACUUCAGUCCUCCUUGGAGGACAGUGAAGGUGCUGCCAGCUUUGAUCUGGGAAGCCUUUGAGCCAUAAACAGAUUCUCUGUGGUCCUCUCUGUGGUGCAUGUUUUCUUCUGAGACUGCUGGGCUUUUAUUUUUAUUUUAAAGCUUAUUUUAACCAAAACUUUUAAUGAGGGAUCAGCUUCUGCAUUGGUGAGGGUGUGAGUUCUCUGGUUUGUUUUGGAGCACUUCAGGUCUUAGUUACCUGAGUAACAAAAGCAGUGAGUUAUCACAGCAGGGAGUUCUGCAUGACCCCCUUUUGAUGGAUUUUUUAAAGUUUUUAGGAAGUCUGCCUGGGAGACACCUCAUGAUGUAAUAUAUGCAAAUACCUGAACUUGUUAAUGUGAAUAUUUUUGAGAUUUUGUGGUUCAGUUUUGUAAUAUUCUCCCCUGAAACUAGCAAGAGUGCUAAGGGUUGAGUUAAACACUGGUUUUCUGAUAAGCCAGCUUAUGCCUUAGAUAUCUCCUGCCCUCAUUUUGUAAAAUCACUCAUCCCAAAGGCGUUUGAUGUAGGAAAAAGUCAAGGCUGUUAUAGUUACAGGAAAACCAGGAAUCUUCCUUGAUUCUCAACAAUGAGUCAUUUAGAGAAUUAGGGCUUGUUAAUCCACUCACACCCUCCAUUCUUUGCUCUGGUGGUCUCAGGGCUGGGUCUGGCUCACAAGAGUCCUUGAAGGCAAAACUCAAACACUUCUGUUAUGAGAAACGAGCUGAUUUGCAUAAGCACCUAAUUUGGCCUUUGCUGAGUGGUUGUUAAAAUUCCUGCAAACCGAAGGAUGUCGAUAUUUUAAACUGUUCCAAGCAAUAGCUUUGUUAAACCCUAAUCUGCUUUGAGCCAGUGGAUGUAUUGUCAGGGGUUGGCCAGGUCUUUUAUCUGUGCUUCUCGCUGUAUCUGUGUUUUCCCAGUGGAGUCUGAAGCCCAGGGAGGUUGCUGAUCACAUCCAGGGAAUACAUUUUCAGGUGUGUCCUGAGCUCGAGCUGGAUUUUGGAAAUGCAAAAGUGGGAGGGAAUUAGUUCUGCAGUGUGUUCCCCAGGGAUGAUCCUCACUACCUCUAAGGGAACACUUUGGUGAGGUGCUGAUCCACACUCCCCCACAGCUCCCUUUGUGAGCUGAAGUGUAAAAGGCAGGAGGAGAUGAGGUGUCUGGGCUGAACACUCACAGUGAGAUAAUGACUCUGACUGGAUCCCCCCUGGGCCUCCCCCCCUUCUCUGACCCUGCAGAUGUACAACUCUGUGUGCAGGAAAUUUAGUACUUCUCUCUGCUGCACCCUCAGAUUUGUUUGCAAGGUGAAUGCUUAGGGGUUGUUUUAAUAUUGCAAUAUGGUGACUGAUAGUUGCUAAAGAAUCAGUGAAAACCUUAUUACUGUCAAAAAUACCUGAGUAAAUCAAUUAAACUAACUUAUAGCAUAACCACUUUAAUUUCACUCUUCUUAUUUUUUUUAGUAAAGACUUACUUCUUUUAAGGGCUUACAUUUGUUUGUCCUUCAGCUUGCUAUGAGCUGAAGGAUAAACUGCACAAUCCCUCAUCUGUUUGGGGUUUUUCCCUUAAAAUCUAAUUACUCAUAUAAUUAAAGGUCAUGAUUUUCUAGCUUCAUUUGGCAUUUGCAAGCCCUGGGAACCCUCCUUCCCAGCUUUAUUCUCACUGCUCAUUCUUUAUAGAUGACGUGGGACAGGUGACAUGAUGAGGAAGAUGAUGGAAGUGCCAGCAGGGAAAAGCUCCUGUCAGAGCUGGUGGUUUCCAUUGCAGGGUGUUCUUUGGGCUUGAUUUCAGCUCUUGUUCUGUGUGAGGCACAGGAACCUUCAGCACCAUUUGUGUGAGCUCAGUCUGUCAGGAAUUCAGGGCAACUUCCACUGGUCGUUCAUUUCUGUGUGAGUUCACUGUGGUGUUGAUUCUGGGAGGUAAGAGGGUGGGAAAAUCCAGUGGAUUGCUGGGUCACACUGCUUGAACUUUAUGCCACAGCUGGAUCUUUCUGCAUGGCAAAGCAGAGGAAUCAUUUGGGACACAACUGCAGGACAGGUAAGAGAAGACUUCAGAGCAGGGACUGUAGAAAAAUCAUCUCUGAACUCACUAUAAAACUCUGGGAUAUAUUUCUUUCACUUCCAUCAUUUAAUAACUACUUUGCUCUGGGCAAUUUAUAGACCCCACUGGCUUUAAGCUGUGGUUCCUGGAGUUGUGCUGACCUCUUUGGUCAUUUGUAGGUAAACAAUUGAAAAUGUUUUCAGGUCGUUCACACACAGCAGAGAGGACCGAGGAUGGUUCUGAGUUUUGGGCUAUGGAAACAGAAUUUCACUUAACAGAAUCCCCCCCCUCCAGUCUUUCGUUAUCUUUCUGCACAUAAGCUGAUUUCAGAGGGUAAUUAUGCUCUGUUUAUUAUCUCCUGUAUAUAGUUCUCUAACUGGAAAUCACUUUCCAGAACAGCAGUUCUUAGUCAUUUUACUUACACAAGCUUAGUAUUAAGUUUACCUCCACUUUCACUGUGACUUUUAUAAAUGGAUUUUGUUUUGCUGAAUUAUGAAUUGUAUGUGUCUAUGCAUUGUAACCCGUAAUGCCUUUGAAAAUCCAGCCUGGAUGCUAACGAUCAGGGUUUGGAAUUCUCUCCAAAUGUGUUUUGUUAAUAAUUCUGUUGACGUGUGAUGUUCAAUACUGUGAGUACUGCAGUGUAUUAUUUCUUAAUAUUUUUGACUUUUCAGUUCGGGUAAUAUAUAGUCUAUGUUUUUUAUUUAAAACACAUAGAAGAAAAUGUGGAUAUAAAUUUGUGUUGUGCAAUAAAAGAUUAUUAUACUGAAAA